AUGAUAAUAGACUUGAAAUCAAAAGGUUUGUGGACAAUCACAGUUGUGGGCAGCAUGGCAAUAAUGCUGGUCAAUCUAGAGCCUCAAGGGUCGAUUAUAGUAAGAUUUGGUGGGGGUAAAGAAAGAGCACAAGAGAAAUUAUAUGGUGAUGCCCAUGAGUCCUACGAUCAAUUACGAUGGUAUGUAGAAGAGGUCAAGAAGACAAACCCAGGUAGCUAUAUUCAUGUUGAACAAAAUGAGGGGAGGUUUACAAGGUUAUUCAUAUGCUACGCCGCCUGCAUAAAUGGUUUUUUAUACGGCUGUAGACCACUCUUAUUUUUGGAUGGUACCUUUCUUAAAGAUCGAUUCAAAGGCAUACUCCUAAGCGCCGUAGCAUAUGAUGGAAAUCAGGGGAUAUUUCCAUUGGCGUAUUGUAUAUGCGAUCAGGAAAAUAAUGUUAACUGGAAGUGGUUCUUACAAGGUUUGUGGUCUAUUCUCUAUGAAAGGCCAGAUCCAUACAACCCUCCACACAAGCUAGUGAUAAUUUCAGAUGCGGAUAAGGGGAUCAGAGAAGCAGUUAGAGAAUUUUUUCCAGAUUCUAUACACUCUCGAUGUGUGUUGCAUCUAGUUGAGAACUUCAGGACAAAGUUGAAGGAUUUGGGAUUCAAAUCAAAAGAUACUCAGAUCUUGGGUAAUCUAUUGCAAUCUGCCUGUUACAAAUAUACUAGAGCAGAAUGGAACGAUUACAUGGACGACAUUAGACUGGUUGACGAAAGAGCUUACAAUAUUGUGAUGAACUACGCUCCAGAAAACUGGGCCAAUGCGUUUUUUCCUGGAGUUAGAUAUGGUCACGUUACAUCAAAUGUUGCAGAGUCAUUCAACAAAUGGAUACAUGAGGCUAGGCUACUACGGAUACUUCAACUGGUAGAGCACAUACGUAAACAGAUUAUGGUUCGUAUGAAUGAGCGACGAACCAUGGCUGAAAGUUGGAAUCAAUUUCUUUGCCCCAAAGCUGAACUUGCUCUCAAAGAGAACAUGGAAAAUGGCCGUCCAUUGGAGGUUCGUCAGUCCCACACAGGAUUAUUUGAGGUACAAUCCCAUAGAUCUUGUCAAGUGGAUCUAGACAAUAAAACAUGCACUUGCCGUGGGUGGGAUGUAACCCGUGUCCCUUGCAAACAUGCAUGCGCAUCCAUUAUGUUUAUGAAAAGGGAUGUCUACCAGUUCUGUGACUGGUUUAUGACGGUUGAAACCUUUAAUAAAAGCUACGAGCCAAUCCUCUACCCAAUCCCUGACUUUGAGAAGCGCAUCGUGCCAAGGGAUGAGAUACAGAUCCUACCUCCACUUACAACAAAAAGGAAAGGGAGAAAUAAAACCAGGCGUAUCAACAACAGAACUGUUUACACGCGGCCAGUAAAAUGUUCUCGAUGUCAUAUGGAAGGUCAUAACCGUAAAACAUGUAAUGAAUCUAUAGCUGACUAA